AUGGGCUUAUUGCGGGACCGACGUGCACCUACGGAGCUGAAUGGUAGGCAAAAGGAAGAGCUACAGAAGGAUGUAAUACUGGUGUCCCUUUGCAAAGAUAGGGCGGCUUACAGACAACAACUUUACGAAGAAGGGUUCUAUCCGCUAGAGAAGGCCAAAGGGAUAACUCUCUACAAGAACUACGAAGAGACGAAGCGGAAAAUUGGUAGCAUAUAUCAACGGCUGUAUAGAGAACACUUGGAUAAAGCCAUUCGCGAGUUCCACGACUCUGUCGAUACUAUCAAGGUUGCCAGACAACUCAGUGGAAAGGCUGCGGGUGAGGUUCUAACACUACCAGCCGCUGAGUUCGAACUCAAAGAGCGAGCCACCAUCGCCAGCAUGCUUUUCAGGCCAUUCGAAAACGACAAGACUCGCGUUGAAUUCGUUCGCACCUCGGCUCGACUUUGUCAGCUACAAGAGACACGUCAGCCCAAGGCUUUGAAGCGAAAGAUGGAACAAUUUGUCGCAGUUGGAGACAACGGUGUGCUUUCUCUAAGAAAGUGCAGUAAAGGUCAUCCCAGUCUUGAGGUCUUCUCCCUGCCACAGUGUCGGAAUGGCGAGACUGUCGACCACGACCCUGGUGCAUCCAGGAGCGAGGAGCCCAAGGAGGUCCAGUGCCAGCACACAUACCCUAUCGUGCUCCACCAACCCGUAUGCCUGAUCUGUAUAGGCAACAAGGAGUUCACAUACGACAGAAGGAUGCGCCACAUACCGCGAAAAGACGUUCUCAACAAGCACGUAGAGACUCAUUUUCGUCUCCCGGAAUACCAAAUGGAGUUCCAAUGCCGCCAUCCUCAUUGCUGUGCUAUUCUGCAUGGUGUGUCGCACUUCAAGAGGCAUGCCCUUGAAAUACAUGGAGUAUCUCACUGA